GAAGAGGCUAGUCAGCUAGUAGAACAGCUCCGGUGCGGGCUGCAACUUUCAUCCGCGCUGUUGUUCGCCUUUGUGCGGAGACAUCAGAGAAUUGAGUCCGGGGAUUCGGCCUGGGACAAUAACCGCAGGAUUGUGGAGACAGGCCAUUAAGAGGACAAAAUGUCGAUUCUUGGUCUUAAAAAGAAACAACCCAAGACUUUUAAAGUCAAAGUCAUUACCAUGGAUGCAGAGAUGGAGUUCAGCUGUGAGGUAAAAUGGAAAGGAAAAGACUUGUUUGAUCUGGUGUGCCGAACUAUUGGACUGAGGGAAACUUGGUUUUUUGGCCUCCGGUACACUGUGAAAGACACAUAUGCUUGGCUGAAGCCUGACAAACGGGUUUUGGAUCAAGAUGUACCAACAGACUCUCCUAUAACAUUUCAUUUUCUUGCUAAAUUCUUUCCUGAAAAAGUCGAGGAGGAACUUGUUCAAGAAAUCACACAGCAUCUUUUCUUUUUACAAGUAAAGAAACAAAUACUAGAUGAAGAGAUCUUUUGCUCUCCAGAGGCCUCAGUCCUUCUGGCAUCAUAUGCUGUUCAAGCCAAGUAUGGUGAUUAUGACCCAAACUUCCACAAGCCAGGCUUCCUAGCCCAAGAUGAACUCUUGCCUAAAAGAGUCCUGAUGCAAUAUCAGAUGACCCCAGAGAUGUGGGAAGAGAAGAUCACAGCUUGGUAUGCUGAACACCGAAAUAUAGCGAGGGAUGAAGCCGAGAUGGAGUAUCUUAAAAUAGCACAGGACCUCGAUAUGUAUGGUGUUAGCUAUUUUUCAAUCACACAAAAUAAGAGGGACAAGGAGCUCUUGCUUGGCGUUGAUGCACAGGGACUUCAUAUCUACAGCCCCAACAGCAAACUGAAUCCCCAGAAGUCGUUUCCCUGGAGUGGUAUCCGCAACAUCUCUUACAGUGAGAAAGAGUUUACUAUUAAGCCAUUGGACAAAAAGAAGGACGUAUUUAAAUUCUAUUCUUCACAACUCCGAGUGAAUAAGUUGAUUUUACAGCUGUGUAUUGGGAACCAUGACCUUUUCAUGAGGCGAAGAAAGGUGGACUCAAUUGAAGUACAACAGAUGAAGGCUCAGGCCAAAGAAGAGAAGGCUAGGAAAAAGAUGGAACGGCAGAUACUUGCACGAGAGAAGCAGAUGAGGGAGGAUGCAGAGCGGGCUAAAGAGGACAUGGAGCGCAGACUAUUUCAGCUUCAAGACGAGGCUCGUAUGGCUAAUGAAGCUCUGCUGCGAUCUGAGGAGACAGCCGACUUGUUGGCGGAGAAAGCCCAGAUUGCUGAGGAGGAGGCAAAGCUACUGGCUCACAAAGCUGCUGAAGCAGAACAGGAGAGACAGAGGCUGGAGGUCACGGCCCUCAAGACCAAAGAGGAGCACAGGCUAAUGGAGCAGAAGAUGAGGGAGGCAGAGCAGCUCGCUGUAAAACUUGUGGAGCAGUCAGAGAGGAGGUCAAAGGAGGCAGAUCAUCUAAAGCAGGAUCUUAACGAGGCCAAAGAUGCAGAACGCAGAGCGAAGCAGAAGCUGCUAGAGAUCACCAAAACAACAUAUCCAUUGAUAGCUGCAUAUUCCGGUCCUCCACCGCCACCUGCUCCUGAUAAUACAGAGAUCCAGCAGCUCGACAUGGCCGCCUCAUACCGACUGGACUUUAAAGACUCGGACAUGAAGAGACUUUCCAUGGAAAUCGAACGUGAACGGCUGGAGUACAUGGAGAAAAGCAAGCACCUGCAAGAUCAGCUGAAAGAGCUGAAGUCAGAGAUCGAGUCCCUGAAGCUGGAGGAGCAGCAGCAGCAGGCAGGGCUUUACAGCCUGAGGGGCUACGCUGAGCCACCCUACAUCCCCCACAGCAAUAGGAAUUCGGCCUACAUGGCUCAGAUGGCUUUCUUUGAGGAGGUGUGAGUAGACAGAAAUCUGACAAGGAGGCAGGAGGUGAAGAAUUGAUCACUACAGUGGGCGACUCUCAUCAGGGAAUGUACAAUAUCAAGCACGGAAUUUCAAUCGCACACUCCUGCGCAGAACACUUCAGGGUAAAAGUGCCUUUAAAUCUUUUUACUGACAGGUUUGGAAUCACAAACUGAAAGUGCUAUGCACAGAACAACACCAGAUUUACUGUAGUUGAUAAUGGGAUGUCCUUUCAAGCAAUCCAUUUUUGCCAUGUCAAAUCCUUUUAUUUCUUUAUAAGACUGUAUCCUAAAAUUAGCUUUGGGAUUUUUUUUCCUCCCCACUGUAUAUUUUACUAAGGAACAGUACAUUUGGUAAAUUCAAGUUCAGCUGAUGUGUAGCUGUUCAAAAUCAGCCAUUUCAUUUUAUUGGUGCCACAUUUCCUAAACAAAAAAAAAAACUCUUGCACUAGUACCUUUUUCAGGUUUAUGUACUGUUUGUUACUAAUACAGAGGUGAAUUAAGAAGCCUGUUGACAGGAUAACACUACACAGCUGGUCUAACAGGCCUGAUGCAUUACAGUUCUGGCAGCUCAUUUUUAGCAUUACUGUUUACCCACCUCUCUUAGAGGACAUGGAACCUGGCCUGGUACACUUUCUGGAUCAAUGUUAAAAGAUUUGGCAUUCAAACUACUACUGCAAUUCUAUCCUUUUAGAUGGCCUUGAACGUCUUCUUAUUGUUGUUGAGGAUGAGACUAAUCUGACAGAACCAAGCCCUUAUCAUAUAGUCUAUAGAACUUUCCUAGACCAUAAGUCUUUUUUUUCUUUUUUCCCCUAGUAGACUUUGCAACUUUCACAGCGAACAGAACGGGUUUGUGUGCGUGAGUGAAACACACUUUUGUUCUACAAAACAUAAAAUACACCAAGGAGUGCUGUUGUAAGCAAAUAUUUUAUGAAGAAAUGAGUGUUCAGCUUUUGCCACAGUAGUUUCCUAGUUUCGCAAUUUUAGUGAUUUCAAUAAUGAAAUAAUUGUUGUAAAUCAACGUCAGCGAAGUUACUUUAUAUGGUUCAUCACCUAUCUAGGCUAAUAAUUUUUACAAAAAUUUAAACAAAAACACAACAUUUAAAAGCACAUUUAUUUAAACAUAAGAAUGUGCAGUGGGUUAGGUCUGAUUCUGUGGCACAUCUGAUAUGCACGUCCUUUUAUAAGUUGUUACCAUUAAAACAUUGGCAUAUUUAUAUACACCGGUCAGCCAUAACAUGACAAUGCAAAACAUUAUGCCUAGUAUUGUUGUGUGGGAUCCCCUUCUACCACCUGUGCAGCUCGACCCACUUCGGGGGAGACUCCACAAGACCUCUCAGGAUGUGCUGGGAUUACUGGCACCAGGAUGUGGUGUUAAAGUUAAAGUUUCAGAAUUAUGUGUUGUUCAUUUUAUGGCUAAAUGGUGUAUAAUGAUACAUUCAAUAAUGAAACAUUUUACCAAAUUUCAUUCUUCAAAAGCUACAAAUGGGAUAUUUUCAGGACUUUAGCAAAAGCAAUACUGGUCUACAACACAGAAACACUAUCAGAACAAAAAGUAAACUACACUUCACCAUAAAGGGCAAUUUGUUUUUGAAGUGGUGCCUUAAAAACAGCGUUCUAAGUCAUUAUGUAAAAAAAACAAUGCCUGGUAUGUAUGCGUGCCUAAAUUGGUCCAAAUGUGCAGCUUUAAAAGUCUGCUUUCAUAUAAUCUAAAUAACCCAUUUCAAUUUGAAUAAUUUAAAAGCAGUGUCCCUUAUUCAUGUUUAAUUGGUUAUGGCACUACAUUUUCUUUACUUUGCUCUGUUUUCUUCUUGUCAGUGUUGCAACUGUUUUUAUAUUGUGCUUAAAAAAAUGACAUCUUUAUUUCAUAUAAUUUAUCCUGAAAUCGAAUGUCUUUUUUUUUUUUUUUUUUUUUUUUUUUUUUAACAUAUGGCGGCAGUUUCCCCAUUUCAGAAUGUUGUUGAUUUUAUGCAAUUUUUGUAGCUGUUUCUUGGUAUGUGCCUGGUCAUAAAGAAACUGCAUGAUUAUUAGAUAUGAAUUUGGAAUGUCCAAAUUUUCAUGCACUGAUUUAAGUACCUGAAAAUGUUUGUCCUUUAGCAAUAAGAUUUAAACGGUUUUCACAUGAUUCAAGCCGCUUUAAAUUUUAAAAUUUGACAAUUCUCCAUUAACACAUGUAACACAUAAUCCUAAUGUCAUUGUAUGUAGUGAAAAACAUUCCUUUGUUCCUAAUUCAUAACCUUAUGCAAUGCACAGAAGGCAAUUAUUCAUGUUUUAAUGAAACCUGCCCGUUUUUGGCCACGUGUCAAUCUCUAAUUUAUCAUUAUCAUUUUAUUAACUACAGAUCAUAAGUGCCUUGUGUUUUUGUGUAAGAUUUAAAAAAAUAUAUGUUUUUAAAAUGUUUAUACAAGUUCAGUGCUACGUGAGUUGCAGUAUUAUAGCCUUUGUUUUGAACCUGCCGUAGUUUACAAUUGACAUUUUGCAUAUGUUUUGAUCCUUUUAACCAAAGUGACUUGCAUGUGAGGCAGCAGAGCCAAACAGCAGCAGUCUGGCAGUGUGUGGAUUUGAACUUAUAACCUUCUGGUUCCCAGCACAAAGCACAAAGGCUUCAUCGUUGAGCUGUUACACAUACUGACACCUUUUAUCUGGUGUUGUGAAUUGAAAACUAAUUCACCAAUAAAC